AUGAAUCCUUCACUCCUGCUGACAGCCCUUUGCUUGGGAAUAGCUUCAGCUGCUCCAGAAUUUGACCACAGUUUAAAUACACAAUGGAAAUUGUGGAAGGCAGAACACAGGAGACUGUAUGACUUGAAUGAAGAAGGAUGGAGAAAAACGGUGUGGAAGAAGAAUAUGAAAAUGAUUGAACUGCAUAAUCAGGAAUACAGCCAAGGGAAAUAUAGCUUCAGCAUGGCGAUGAAUGCCUUUGGUGACAUGACCAAUGAAGAAUUCAGGCAGGUGAUGAAUGGCUUUCAAAGGCAGAAGAACAAGAAGGGGAAAGUGUUGCAAGAAACUAUCUUUGCUUCGAUUCCCCCGUCCGUGGAUUGGAGAGAGAAAGGCUAUGUAACUCCUGUGAAGAAUCAGGGUAAGUGUGGUUCUUGUUGGGCUUUUAGUGCCACGGGUGCCCUUGAAGGACAGAUGUUCCGAAAAACUGGCAAACUUGUUUCACUGAGUGAGCAGAACCUGGUGGACUGCUCUCAGCCUGAAGGUAAUCACGGUUGUCAAGGCGGCCUCACAGAUAAUGCCUUCCAGUAUGUUUUGGACGUUGGAGGCCUGGACUCAGAGGAAUCCUACCCAUACACUGGAUUGGUUGGCACCUGCCAUUACAAUCCCAAAAAUUCUGCUGCUAAUGAAACUGGUUUCAUGGACCUCCCUAAGCAGGAGAAGGCUCUUAUGAAGGCAGUGGCAACUUUGGGCCCCAUCUCUGCUGCUAUAGAUGCAGGCAAUCCAUCUUUCCAGUUCUAUAAGUCAGGCAUUUAUUAUGAGCCAAAAUGCAGCAGUGAAUCCGUGGAUCAUGCUGUUCUGGUAGUUGGCUAUGGCUUUGAAGGAGCACACUCAGAUGACAAUAAAUAUUGGCUUGUCAAAAACAGCUGGGGUGAACACUGGGGCAUGAAUGGCUACAUAAUGAUGGCCAAAGACCGGGACAACCACUGUGGAAUCGCCACCAUGGCCAGUUAUCCUUCUGUCUAA